UAAUGAGAGGGCUCAUUCUCUCUUUCUCCGCAGCUUCACUCUCUCUCUACUUCAGUCUCCUCUCUCACUCUCUUCGUGAGUCCAUGGAUCUGAAACCCUAACUUUCAUCAAUCUCUAAUCUCCUCUCCUUCUCUAAUUUCUUAUCCUCUCUGAUCUGCACAAGUCUCUGCUUUCCCCCCAAAUAAAAAUGGCGAGGAGGUCCGGAGUUUUGCUCCGCCAAUUGCUCGGGAGUCAAAGCAACCCAGCUCUUCUUCACCAUCACAACCUUUCUCCUAAUUCUCUCCAAACCCUAACCCUAACUUCAAUUCCCUCCGCCUCCAAAUCCUUCUCCACCUUCCCGCUCGAUUUUCACUACGAGGACGUACUGCGUCAGGAUAUGCUGCUCAAGAUGAACUACGAUAACGUUAUGCAAGUUCCUCGCCUCUGCGAACUGAAACUGUUAUCGAAGGCGCCGGAGAUCGGAAAAAUUGCGAUGGAGAUUUCCGGCGGACAGAAGUUCCUGACGCAGAAGGAUAAGGAUUUGACGGCCAAGGGGUUUAGGGGCGCCAAUUUGGUCAGCCACCGAGCUCGGCAGACCACUCUCCGGAGAAUCGGAAUGUCUAAUUUUCUGGUGAGAAGCCUGACGGUGAUGUCUCUUUUGUCUUCUCCGGUUCAAAUUCGGAAGAAUUUUAUUCAGUUUUCGAUGGAGACGGAGUUUAUAGAGUCCUCGCCGGAGCUUGAGGAUCAUUUCGAGAUCUUUGAACAGAUUAAAGGGUUCAAUGUGACUAUUGUCACUUCGGCCAGCACCAAAGAUGAGGCUUCACUGCUGUGGAGCGGCUUUUUGCAAAAGGAUGAGAUAGCUGAUUAAUAUAAACAAGUGUGUCCAGUGAUAGGAGAGCAUUCAUAAGGUGUGCUUGUAGGGAAAUUUGUUACAAUUUCUUGCUAUGACCCUUUUAAUGGACCCAAUGCUGUUUGUGGAAAUUUGAAGAAACAUUGGAGAAGUUGAAUGUCAAGUUGUUAAAUGAUUUAAUACUCAUCCAUUUGUUUGAAUGCAAAUUCCACACUUAUCUCCAGUGAUUUAACUGCUAAGUGUGUUUUAACCCAUUGCUUUUUGAAUACAAUUCUAAAGUUCAGUUGUA